AUGCGAUCAGUUGCUGCGCUGCUUUUGCUGCUCCUGUGCGCCAGUGUGGCCACUGCCUGUUCUGGCGAUCGCGAUCCCAAUCCGAACGCAAAGCCACUGCCGCCGAGCUCGUACGUCCUGCCAGAGCGCAUCGUCCAGCAGAUCCGCGACCACCAAGACGACGCAAAUCGCAUCAUUGACUACUUUACCAAGGGCCCCGGUCAAGGUCAAACGUACACUCGCCUUGCCUCGCUCGUCGACACGGUGGGCCCGCGUCCCAGCGGCUCUGCUUCGCUUGAGCGUGCUAUUGACAUGAUGCUCGGCAACUUGAAGGCGGAUCGCCUUGACAACGUCCACGGCGAGCCCGCCUGGAUCCCCCACUGGGUCCGUGGUGCCGAAUACGUCCAGCUGCUUGAGCCCCACGAUUUCACCAUGAACAUUCUUUCGCUCGGAAGCAGCGUUGGCACUGGGCCGCAGGGCAUCACUGCCGAAGCCAUUGUCGUGUCCUCGUUCGAGGAGCUCACGAAUCGCUCGGCCGAGGCGAAGGGCAAGAUUGUCGUCUUCAACCAGCCCUUUGUCAGCUACGGCGAAACUUCCGUCUACCGUACCCAGGGUGCCUCUGCUGCUGCCAAGGUCGGCGGUGUCGCUUCCCUCAUUCGCACCAUCGCUCCAUUCUCCAUCUACUCGCCGCACACUGGUGUGCAGUUCUACACUGACGGUAUUCCCAAGAUUCCUACCGCGUGCAUUACGAUCGAAGAUGCCGAGAUGAUGGCACGCAUGCAUGCGCGCGGUCAGCGCAUUGUGCUCAAGGUCUACCUGGAGGCUCAAAACCUGAACGACACGUUGUCGCGCAACACUGUCGCCGAGGUGGUUGGCAGCACGCACCCUGAGCAGGUCGUUCUUGUGUCUGGCCACUUGGACUCGUGGGAUAUUGCAGAGGCUGCGAUGGACGAUGCUGGCGGUGCAAUCAUCUCGUGGCAGGCGCUUUCGGUGGUGAAGGCUCUUGGACUCAAGCCCAAGCGCACGAUGCGCGCCUUGCUCUGGACGAGCGAGGAGUUUGGCGGUGUUGGCUCGCAGCAAUACUACAACUCUCAGGCGAACAACACUGGCAACUAUUCCAUUGUCAUGGAGUCCGAUCUUGGAACCUUUACUCCCACUGGCCUUGAGUUUACUGGUUCUCCGGCUGCCACUGCCAUCAUUCAACAAAUUGGCCAGCUGCUCGUCAACGCAAACGCCACCGGCGUCUUCCCUGACGGCGAGGGCACAGAUAUCGCCCCGUUUAUGAAUGCUGGCGUUCCUGGUGCCAGUCUGCACAAUGACAACGACGACUACUUUUACUUCCACCACUCGCGCGGCGACACCAUGACUGUCGAAGAUCCUGUUGCGCUGGAUCUCUGCGCCGCUGUCUGGGCCGUGUACGCCUAUGUCAUUGCCGAUCUGGACGACAUGCUGCCGCGCUGA